GUCUGGCAGCCCUGCGCGCAACGAAAAAAUACAAUGCGCUGUCAAAAUAAUAUUAACUGCUGUGCAAAAAGAACCACGUAGAAUUUCAUAACUCGCAUCUACUACGAACUACGAUCAGAGCCAAUAACUAAAAUGGCCCGGAAUGCUGGCGCUGCCAGGUCGAGCUCAGCCAACUCGGGCCAAUCGGCAGUAUCAGCAGCGGCAGCGGCGGCAGUAGCAGCAGCAGCCGCCAACUCCAAGCAGAAGCGCAGCACCAGAUUCAAUUUGUCCUCAAAGGUGAUGAUGGACAAGUGGAAGACGUUAAUUGGAUGCAUUUGCCUGGGCAUCGCCUCGUACUUUGGCUACGUGGGCUACCUGGAGACGAGGGUGAACACGCCGUUCGACAACCAGAAAAUGGUUGUGCACACGGGUCUGGACGAUCCAGACCGAUACUGGGGCUCGUAUCGUCCGCUCACGUACUUCGGCAUGAAGACACGCGAUCCGCACUCCCUGGUCAUGGGCCUGAUGUGGUACACGCCCAGCAGUCUGGGCCAAGGUGGCCAGGGCAUUCGCCACUGGUGCGAGCAGGGCGACAAUCUGGACGGCUACGGGUGGACGCAUCACGAUGGCCGCAGCUUCGGCGUGCAGGAGAUCCAGGAUCUGCCCUUCGAGCUGAAGACCUCCUUUGUGAAGUACCCGGCCGGAAAGCAGUACGGCGGCGACUGGACCGCUCGCAUCUCGGUGCGCAACACCACGCGGGCCUGGGACAAGAGCAUCUCGCUGAUUUGGUACGUGGCGCUGGAUGAGCGCACCAAUGGGCACAUCAAGUACGUGUCGGACGAGAAGAGCCCCGAGCCGGGUGUCUACGGCGAGACGCAGGGCCUGGGCGAGUUCCAGGUGCGCUUCCAUGCGGUAAAAGGAAAAAUUCUACACAAAUCGUACCUGAGCACGGUGGCCCCAUCGCUGAGCAAGCUCAAGGACACGCUCUUCGCGCACUUCCGUGCGUUCUCGGACAAGCGCGGCAAUCGCUUCAUUGGCCUGCCCGGCGAGAUUGUCUCCCAGAACGGUCUGCCCUCCUCCAAUCCCGAGCCCAACUUCAUCGCCAUUCAAAUCACAGCCGAAGUGGACUUCACCCUCGACAUUACCUACCAGUCCACAUCGGGCUUCACGCUCAGCGAGUCGAUACCGAAGCCACCCACAGGGCGGGCCUACACAGAGUCGCUGCAGGCGAAGAUCUCCGACUUCGAGAAGCGUUUCGAGCAGAAGUUUCAGCUGAAGAGCCGCGGCUACUCGCCCGAGGAGGUGCGCUUUGCACGCAACGCUCUGAGCAACAUGCUCGGCGGCAUUGGCUACUUCUACGGCUCGAGUCGGGUGCAGUCGGUGCACACCAAGAACCCUGUGCCCUACUGGAAGGCGCCGCUAUACACGGCCGUGCCCUCGCGCAGCUUCUUUCCGCGCGGCUUCCUGUGGGACGAAGGCUUCCACGGACUGCUGAUCAGCUCGUGGGAUGUCGAAAUCGAGCUGGACAUUAUCUGCCAUUGGUUCGAUCUGCUCAAUGUCGAGGGCUGGAUACCACGUGAGCAGAUCCUCGGCACUGAGGCCCUGUCCAAGGUGCCCGAGGAGUUUGUCACCCAACGCAACAGCAAUGCCAAUCCGCCGACGUUCUUCCUCACGCUAAGGAAGCUGCUCACCAGCCACAGGCAGGAGCUCUCCGAGAAUGGUCGCCUGGCCACCCUCGAGCGGCUGUAUCCGCGUGUCCAGGCGUGGUUCAACUGGUACAACACCACACAGAAAGGCGACGUGAUGGGCUCGUAUUUGUGGCGCGGUCGCAAUGCCACCACGCACCGAGAGCUGAAUCCGAAGAGCCUGUCCUCUGGCCUGGACGAUUUUCCGCGCGCAUCGCAUCCUAGCGAUCGGGAGCGGCACUUGGAUCUGCGCUGCUGGGUGGCGCUGGCCGCCAGCGUCAUGGCCGAGCUGUCAACGCUGCUGGGCAAGGAUGAUGUCAAGUACUAUGAGACGGCCUCCUAUUUGACGGACAACGAGCAGCUGAAUCGGCUGCAUCUGGCGCCCUACAGCGAACAGUACGCCGACUGGGGCCUGCACACCGAUCAGGUCAUGCUGAAGCGACCGCCGGCCAUGGCGCCGCAGCGUGGCAGCCACCCGUCGCAGCAGCCGGAGAUGGUGCGCGUGGCCAUGGAGCAGCCAACGUACCAGUUUGUGGACAACACAUUUGGCUAUGUGAACCUGUUCCCGCUGCUGCUCGAGCAGCUCGAUCACGACUCGCCGUAUCUGACCAAAAUGCUGCAGGACCUGCGGGAUCCCCAGCAGCUGUGGACCAACUUCGGGCUGCGCUCGCUGUCCAAGCGCUCGCCGCUGUACAUGAAGCGAAACACGGAGCACGAUCCGCCGUACUGGCGCGGCCCCAUCUGGAUCAACAUCAACUUUCUGGCUGUGCGGGCGCUCCAGCACUACGGCAAGAUCGAGGGUCCCAAUGCGGCGCUGGCGCUUGAGAUCUACGCAGAGCUGCGUGAGAAUCUUGUGCGGAACAUAUUCAGGCAGUACCAGAAGAGCGGCUACCUCUGGGAGCAGUACGAUGACACCACGGGCGAGGGCAAGGGCUGCAGUCCGUUCACCGGCUGGACGGCCACCGUGGUGCUCCUCAUGGCGGAGCAGUACUAAAAUGCAGUUGCUGCGCGUUCCUCCACCCAACUGGGUGUCUCCCCCUGCCUGCCUGUUGUUCCAUGUUUAUGUAGCGCCACACAUCCUGUAUAAUCCUUGACAACCUUCGUGUGUGUGGUGUGUGUGUGUGCCACGUCAAUUCCUGUCUCUGGUUUGCUGUACAAAAACUAAAGAAAUCUGACAUGAAAUCUGAUAUGAAAGGUUGAUGAAGUAGGAGACAUUUUAGCGUUAAAUAGAUGAAUUUUAAAAUAAUAAACAAUUAUAAUAGA